UUAACCCAAAAAAUACUCUUUUUUCCCCAAAUUUGAAGUUAAACUUUAAAAAUCAAUUGAUAUCUCAUAUCUACCGACACUUAAAAGUCUGUAUUCAAUUUCUCCGUGUUGCGUUUAAUACGCGGCUUAUAGAUUAGAUAGAUCUUUUUUUUCUAUAAAUAGAUUCUCAAAUUUUUGGAUUUGUUGUAAUAUCCAGAACAUAUCUAUUUCUUCAUUGUUCAUAUUGGGCACUGAGUUUCUUGGUGUUUGGUGAAAAGGAUAUCUCGGAGAAAUUGAAGGCGCAUUGACACGCGGACAAUUUUGGAUAGGAAGCGGAAACAACUGUUAUUGCCGGGGAAGAAGAAGAAAAGAUGGAAAAGGAAGAACAACAUCUCAAAGUCGAGAAAGAGAUCGAAAAGUCUGAUGAUUUGAAGGAGAAAAAGAAAAAAGACAUAAAGGAUAAAGAAAAGAACAAGGAGGGUGAGGAGGAGUCGGAGGAUGAAACAAAAAAUGUAAAAGAGAAGAAAGACAAGAAGGAGAAAAAAGAGAAAAAGGAUAAAGAAGAGAAGGACAAGAGCAAGGAGGAGUCGGAGGAAGAAAAGGAUGAUGAAGAAGGGAAGAAGAAGGAUAAAGAGAAGAAACUUAAGAAGGUUAAGAAAGAGAAAAAGGAAAAAGUGAAGAGCGAGGAGGAGUCGGAGGAAGAAAAAGAUGAUGAAAAAGUGGAGAAGAAACUCAAGAUAGUUAAGAUUGAGAAAAAGGAAAAAGAGAAGAAAGACAAGAGCAAAGAGGAGUCGGAGGAGGAAGAGGAAGAAGAAAAAGUGGAGAAGAAACUCAAGAUAGUUAAGAUUGAGAAAAAGGAGAAAGAGAAGAAACACAAGAGCAAGGAGGAGUUGGAGGAGUCGGAGGAAGAAAAGGAUGAUGAGAAAGGGGAGAAGAAACUCAAGAAGGAAAAGAAAGAGAAAAAGAACAAAGGAGAGAAAGACAAGAUGAAAGGGGAGUCAGAAGAAGAGAAAGAUAUUGAAAAAGGGAAGAAGAAGAAUAAAGAGAAGAAAAAAGGGGUGUCGGAUGAAGAGAACGAAGCAGAGGAAGAAGAGAAUGAUGAAAAAGGUGUAAAGAAGGACAAGGAGAAGAAACACAAUAAGGAAGAGAAAGAGAAAAAUGAUAAAGGAAAGAAAGAUAAGAACAAAGAGGAGUCGGAGGAAGAGAAGGAUGAUGUAAAAGGGAAGAAGAAAGACAAGAAGGAUAAAGAAAAGAAAGACAAGAGCAAAGAGUUGUCAGAAGAAGAAGAUAAUGAAGAGAAGGAUGAUAAAGAAGGCAAGAAGAAGGAUAAAGAAAAGAAAGUCAAGGCGAAUGCAGCUGAAGUCGCCACAAGAGAGAUAAAAGUUGAGGAAGACAAGAAAGUAUCCGACAGUGAAGCAGAAGAGAAAAAUAAAAGCAAGAAGGAGGAGAAGGAAGGUAAGGAUGAGAAACAAAAGGAUUCGAAAAAAGAUAAAGCUGAGAAGAAGAGAAAACUCGAGGACAAGUAUAAAAGCAAAGAUCUGGGUAAGUUGAAAUCCAAGUUGGAUAAGAUCAAUGCCAAACUGGAAGCUCUUCAGCUGAAAAAAGCAGACAUCCUGAAGACAAUAAAAGAAACAGAAGAUAAGAACUUAGCAGUGGUUGAGAGUCCCAAAGAUGCAGAAUCAAAGGCACACGACGAGUAGUCGCUGAACAGUGAGUAGUAUAUUUUCAUAAUACUGUUACGUAUACUAAUACAGUAUUUGUGUAUACUUUUUCUUCCACUGUCAUGUAGAAAUGUACUGUCUGUGUCUUAAAUAAGUUAAAAAGUAUAGAUGAUAUUUGUAUUAAGUUCUCAUAUAUUUUCAUAAUACUGUCAAGUAUACUAAAUACAGUGUUUGUGUAUCCUUUUUCUUCCACUGUCAUGUAGAAAUGUACUGUCUUUGUCUUAAAUAAGUUAAAAAGUAUAGAUGAUAUUUGUA